AAAGAUAUACAAGAUAUGGAGACUGCUCUUAAAGAAUUAAUGGAUCAAGCUUCUUGCCGGCUUAAAGAAAUAAAAGGUCUUCAUGAAGAGAGAGUACAUAUAUUGCAGCAGUUAUCUAACUUGCAGAGAAAAUUGAAGAAUGUAGCAUGUAUUUCCUCUUCCCAAGCCUACCUCUUAGUGAGAGAUCAAAUUGAAAAAUCAAAAUCUGAAGUUAUUGAGUAUCAGGCUUCGUAUGAGAAACUUCAGGCUGAGAAGGAUAUUCUUGUCUUAAAGGAAAGGGAAUUCAGUGUUAAAAGUGAUGUCAUUGAUUUCCUUCGAAGAUCUACUGCAAUUGAGAUUCAUUGGUCAGGCUGCUGAGAUAUAGAAAUUGCAAACCAUGGUAUAUUGAGAUGAUUUCUUUGGAGCAAUUCUUGACAACAUUUGUAGUUGAGGCCUUUAGAAUGGAAGAAUGUAUUUCACUAAUUUUUGUAUACAUUUCUUGUUUUGUAUUUAGUGAUAAAGGAAUCUGAAUUGGGCAUAAAUUAUGUUGUAAUAUGAUUUCUUAA